UUGACGGCCUCCAACGUCUUCCAUUCCCCCAUCCUCUGCUUCUCCUUUUUCAUCUUCUUCCAUUUUUUUUUUCAGUCCCCAUCUGGGUGGAAUCCGAGAUAGAAUUGGAGGUGAGGUUGAUGGGAGUGCACCUCGGUGAAGCCACUGGGACUUUGAUCUUCUCUUCAUUUCUUUGUCUCAUGGGCGUCUCUCUCUGUUGCUUCCAAUGAGAAUUCUAGUCUUGUUGUGGCUCUUCUUCUUGCCCUUGUGCUCAGUCUUGUUUGGGAUCGAUAUCGCUUUGGUGUCCGGUGAAUGUCUUGGUGGUUCGAGGCUGUGUCUGGAGGAUGAGAGGUCGUUGUUGCUGCAGCUGAAGAACAGCCUCAAAUUCAAAUCUAAUGUGUCGGUGAAACUAGUGACGUGGAAUGAAAGUGUGGGUUGCUGUUCUUGGGGAGGUGUAGCCUGGGACUCCAAUGGUCAUGUUGUCGCUCUUGAUCUGAGUAGCGAAUUGAUUUCUGGGGGAUUCAAUAGUUCCAGUAGUCUUUUUAGUCUACGACAUCUCCAGCGCUUGAAUUUGGCUAACAACAGCUUCAAUUCUUCUCAAAUUCCAUCUGGAUUCGAUAAGCUUGGUGAUUUGACUUACCUGAAUUUGUCGGAUGGUGGCUUUUCUGGGCAGAUUCCGAUUGAGAUUUCCCACUUGACAAGGUUGGCUACUAUCGAUCUGUCUAGCAUUUAUUACCUCACUGGUAUCCCUAAGCUGAAACUUGAGAACCCAAACCUGAGAAUGUUGGUUCAGAACCUCAAGGAGCUAAGAGAACUCCAUCUUAACGGUGUAAACAUAUCGGCCCAGGGAAAGGAGUGGUGCCAGGCCUUAUCAUCUUCAGUGCCGAAUCUCCAAGUGCUGAGCUUGUCCAGCUGUCAUCUUUCAGGCCCUAUCCAUUCUUCCUUGGAGAAGCUUCAGUCUAUCUCAAGGAUUCGUCUGGAUGACAACAAUUUCACUGCACCAGUUCCAGAAUUCCUAGGAAACUUCUCAAAUUUGACACAAUUGAAGCUUAGUUCUUGUGGAUUAAAGGGAACAUUUCCAGAAAAGAUCUUUCAGGUACCAACCCUCCAGAUUCUUGAUUUGUCAAACAACAGGUUACUUGAGGGUUCUUUGCCAGAAUUCCCUCUGAAUGGAUCUCUAGAUAGCUUGCUGCUCACUGAUACAAACUUUUCAGGGAAAGUACCUGACUCCAUAGGCAAUCUCAAGAGGUUGACUAGGAUAGAGCUUGCACGUUGCAAUUUCAGUGGGCCAAUCCCAAACUCCAUGGCCAACCUUACUCAACUGGUUUACAUGGACUUGUCUGGGAAUGCGUUUUCUGGUCCAGUCCCAUCUUUUAGUUUGUCCAAGAAUCUAACCCGAAUAGACCUUUCUCAUAAUCAUUUAGCAGGUCAGAUUCUUUCCUCUCACAGGUAUGGUCUUGAGAAUCUAGUGACUCUUGACUUACAUAACAAUUCACUGAAUGGAAGUCUCCCAAUGCACCUGUUUUCCCUCUCAUCACUGCAGAAGAUACAACUAAGCAACAACCAAUUUUCUGGUCCCUUCAGUGAAUUUGAAGUCAAGUCUUUUUCUGUAUUGGACACCCUUGAUUUGAGUAGCAACAAUCUGGAAGGGCCAAUACCUGUAUCCAUCUUUGAUCUCCAGUGUCUUCACAUCCUUGAUCUUUCUUCCAACAAAUUCAAUGACACUGUUUUACUAAGCACCUUUCAGAAACUUGGAAAUCUUAACACUCUUAGUCUGUCAUACAACAACUUGUCCAUCAAUUCAAGUGUUGGUAAUCCCACUUUGCCCCUGCCGUUGAAUCUUACCACAUUAAAAUUGGCUUCUUGCAAGCUCAGAACAUUACCUGAUCUUAGCACCCAGUCAAGAUUGACACAUUUAGACCUUUCCGAUAACCAAAUUCCCGGGAGCAUACCUAAUUGGAUUUGGAAGAUUGGUAAUGGAUCUCUUUUGCAUUUGAAUCUCUCUCAUAAUUUACUGGAGGAUCUGCAGGAAACUUUCUCUAAUUUUACUCCUUCUCUGUCCAUCCUUGACCUACAUUCCAACCAGCUCCAUGGCCAAAUCCCCACUCCUCCCCAAUUUUCCAUCUAUGUGGAUUACUCAGACAACAGUUUCAACGCUUCCAUCCCAGAUGAUAUUGGUAUUUACAUUUUCUUCACUCUUUUCUUCUCGCUUUCAAAGAAUAACAUCACUGGAGUUAUUCCUGAAUCAAUAUGCAAUGCCAGUUACCUGCAAGUUCUUGACUUCUCUGACAACAAUUUGAGUGGCAAAAUACCUUCAUGUUUAAUUGAGUAUGGGACUCUUGGGGUGCUGAAUCUACGGAGAAACAAUUUUAGUGGUGCUAUACCUGGCAAAUUUCCAGUCAACUGUCUUUUACAGACUCUUGAUCUCAGUAGGAAUAGUAUAGAAGGAAAAAUUCCCGGGUCUCUGGCGAACUGCACAGCAUUAGAGGUUUUAAACCUUGGGAACAAUCAGAUGAAUGAUACCUUUCCUUGCUUGUUGAAGAACAUAACCACUUUGCGAGUCCUUGUUCUGCGAGGCAACAACUUCCAAGGAUCCAUUGGAUGUCCCAAGAGCAAUUCGACCUGGGCAAUGCUUCAGAUUGUUGACCUAGCUUUCAACAAUUUCAGUGGUAAAUUGCCAGCAACAUGCUUCUCGACCUGGACAGCAAUGAUGGCUGGUGAAAAUGAAGUCCAAUCCAAGCUCAAACACCUGCAAUUUAGGGUUCUACAAUUCAGUCAAUUGUACUAUCAGGAUGCUGUAACAGUUACCAGCAAAGGUCUAGAAAUGGAGUUGGUGAAGGUCCUAACUCUCUACACCUCUAUUGACUUGUCGUGCAACAAUUUUCAAGGGGACAUACCAGAAGUGAUGGGGAACUUCACAUCGCUCUAUGUUCUCAACUUAUCGCAUAAUGGUUUCACGGGCCAUAUCCCAUCGUCAAUAGGGAAUCUGCGACAACUUGAGUCAUUAGACCUCUCGCGAAACAGGCUGAGUGGAGAGAUACCCACACAGCUUGCGAAACUAAAUUUCCUUUCAGUCCUGAACCUCUCAUUCAAUCAAUUGGUGGGAAGGAUCCCAGCAGGUAAUCAAAUGCAAACAUUUUCAGAAACUUCUUAUGAAGGGAAUAAACUGUGUGGGUGGCCUCUGAAUAUAAGUUGCACUGAUCCACCACCAUCUGAAGACAAAAGAUUUCAAGACAAAAGAUUUCAAAACAAGGAAAAAUUUGAUUGGGAGUUCAUAAUCACUGGAUUGGGAUUUGGGGUAGGAGCAGGAAUAAUUGUUGCGCCCCUAAUCUUUUGGAAGAAGGGGAGGAAGUGGUUAGAUGAAUGCGUCGAUAGAUUUGUGUUGCUGAUCCUUCCCAUUGUGCGACUGCUUUACACCAACUAUGGGAGGGUUGAGGCAGAGGAAGCAUUUGGAAUAGAGCUCACAGACAUCACCGGAGGCUACGAGGAUUCUGAUGAAGAGAAGGAUGAGAUUGAGUUUGGAUCAUUUGACGUUCGAUUUUGCGUGUUCUGUACAAAGCUUGACAUUGGUAUGAAGAAACCAAUACACGACCCUAAUUGCAGUUGCCACGACUCACCACCCAUUUUGUCUUCAUCCUCCUCUUCAUCAUCAUCUUCUUCCCAGAUAUAGAAUCAAGGAGCUUUGGAGUUGGACAUCUGUGUUUUUCCUUUUACUUUUUUAUUUGUUUUGUAUAUACAUACAAAUCCAUCAAACCCAAAGGAGGUGAUGAGAACAACACCUUUCAUAUAUUUUUGUAAUAUCUUGAUUCAAGAACAAUUCCCCUUUUUACUUGAUUCUU